CUCCUCUCAGCACGUGCUGUUUCUCGCGCUCCUCCCUCUGCAAAACCGAGAGAAGAAUAACAAAAAUACAAAAAAAAAAAAAAAAAAAAGAAACCGUAGCUCCGACGAAGAGCAGCUGCAGAGCCUCACCGGAGAGGUCACCGGGAAGCCUAUGCAUGAUGACGUCGUCGUAGAAGACCAGCACGCUGAGGAGAGAGAGGGGGGACAAGGACAGGGACGAGAGGGGGGCACUAACGCCCAAGAGCGCAACCAGAGAUCUGCUAAAUGCACGCCUCUAAACGGAUCCCGAGCAGCGGUCACACAUCGCCGUCGCCACCACAGUCUCCCCUCCGUUCUCCUCGCUACCGCGGGCGUUCCAAGCCUGGCCGGUUCCUCCGGCGGCGGCUCAGCGUACCAUAGCUCAUCGCCUUGCUUGGCUUCUCCUCUCCGUUCUCCUCCGUCGCCAGGGGAUUUUCUUGUUCGCCCCGCUUAUCUACAUCUCGGGAAUGCUUCUCUACAUGGGGACUGUGUCCUUCGAUGUCGUCCCCCAGAUUUCUCAUAGGCCUACUCCUGGUUCGGUUUAUAAGAGCCCCCUCGUUUAUGAGAAGCUCCGACCUGAAAUGGAUGCCGAUAAUUCUUCUGCUGAUGCGGUGAGUUCAUUUUCUCCUUUGCUUUCUCCCGCUGCUUCCUGCCAGUCGAUUUCAAGGGCACUAUACUUCGGCAUCCAGAGAAUUUUGAAUCUGAAAACGUUAGGAGUGGAUGAAGCUUGGAUAUAGAUUUGCUUAUGCUCUUUGAAACGGCCAAUUCUAUGUAACAGUGAUGCCCUAAAUCACUUGAAUUAGCUCUUUCCGAACGUUUCUUCUGCUGAAGCUAAUCACAAUAAUUUUUGUUUCUCUUGUUCUCUGGUUCAGAAACUUGCUCCAUUUGUUUCUCACUAUGAGAAUAACUAAACGCCGAGGAAUGGCGAGCAGUGAAUACUGACUGUCUUUUAAUCUCAGUUAUUUAAGGAAUAGGACUGGUUAGAAAUGGUUCAAUAUCUCAGGUUGCUCUGGUGGAUAACUUGUAGGAUAAAACUGAUUGCAGCAGGCAAUCUAUUGACUUGGCUUGUUGGACGGUUGUUGAUGCAGUCCAAGAUUUAGGUAGCUGAAGCCUUGUUUGCCCGUGACUCUCUCUUAGCUUUUAGUGAAAUUCAGAAUUUAUACUGUAGUCAUUCUUAACUUGAUGUUAUGUUGCAUUGGCUUCGCUUAUCUAAUUGAUUUUUCGAAGGGCAAAGCCACAUUCUUCUUGUGAUGCCAAAAUCUUUGUCUUUGGCUGCUCUUUCGACAGUAGGAACUGACUAAUAAGUAGUAUGUUGGAGAAGCUAUGUUAUGUCUUGGCCCAACCUUGCAUUGAAUCUGUGGCGUCGUAUACUUGGUCAUUGAUCUGACCCUCUUCAAGGGUUGUAGUUUUACUGGGAGAACUCUAGAGCCGUCUGUUGUGCCAUUGAAACUAUUCAGAAUGUCUAUUGGUUUCCUAAAGAAUCCACCAUUUGGUCGAAAUUGGGUCUGGGACAAAGGGGAUGUGAAUGUGUCAUCUCAAGAGGGCAUGCUAGUACAGUCCUCUUAAGAUACUUAGAACCAGUCUUAAGUUUCCAAUUGAUAUUUCUUUUGCAUUUGGUUUUCCUUUCUAUGACUACAUUCAUAUAUGUGGCAUCUGGUUUUCUUUGUUGCUAUUUUGCCAUUCACAUUGAAUAUAUUGCAGCUGUUAACUAUAUGGAAAAAUUCAUACAAAAGUGGCGAGUGGAAACCAUGUGUGAACAAGUCGUUGGAAGGUAUGAAUAUUUUCAAAGAGUUAAUGCGUUUUUACUUGUUUCAACUACGAGGGCAAUGCACGUAUUAGUUGCUUUACAACUUUGUUAUUUCAUAAGUCAAGAGGAGGUCUGAGAGACACUAUGGCCCGAAUUGCACUGGCAACAAUGUCUCUAUAUUCUUUGCCUCAAACUGUUCCAUAUGAUGUGUCUUUGUCUCUCAUUUUCCUUGUUAGUUGUCUUGUUUGUUUAUGUGUUACUUACCAAUUUGGUCUCCUUAUUAUGAUAGGUAUACCAUCUUCUAAUGGGUACAUAUAUGUUGAGGCCAAUGGAGGUUUGAAUCAGCAAAGGACUUCGGUUAGUUUCAUGCUUCCACUUUGCUCCUACUAUGCUUGUAUUUACGUGAUUUUUGUCUUCUGAAUUGCUACGUCACAGUAUAAUUAAUGGUUGACAGUGUAACAAUUGUUUUGUAGAUAUGCAAUGCAGUUGCUGUUGCUGGCUAUCUGAAUGCAACACUCCUGAUCCCUAAUUUCCAUUACCACAGCAUCUGGAGAGAUCCCAGGUGGGUCCAUGUCUUUACCACCUCAUGCUUCCCCCGCCCCUUCCCUCCCCCACAAAAAAUAAAAAAUAGGAGAACGCAGACAGUCACUAAAGAAAAUCAACAAGCUUAGUAAUAGUAAUACAGAAUCCAACAUGUCUGGUCGUUGUUUUUAAUCUCUGCAUAGGCUUAAUGGCUAGAGACUUUUUUUUUUCCUCCCGCAAAGUCAGUGUUGAAAAGAUAGUCACAAGGAGGAAGAAAGAAAAAACGCGGGAGUCUACCAAUAGUCGAACUCCCCGAUGAGAGGGCCUUUUGUGCCACAUGAUGGGCAUCCCUAUUUAGUCGACGAGAAACAAAGCAGAAAGAAAACCAACUGAAGUGAGAAGCUAAGCUCCGAGUAUCCUCUAGUAGAGCUCCACCCCGAUCAUGCGCCAAGUCGCCUCCCACCAUCCCGCCGUAUCAAUUGUUGUGGAAAAGACAACCGCCACCGAUCGACUAUUGUGCAAUUGAAUCUUCACCUGCAAAAUGAACAAACAAAGGUCCCUACUAGGACAAUCCAGGUCAAAGAGCCAACAAGUCAACAUAGACACAAGGCAGCAAUUCGCCCUUGAAAUAGAGAACCAGGUCAUCGGGAGACCCUAGAUAACCGGCACCCAAAACACACCUAUUUUUUUCCUAAAAAGGAUACAACCUAAAUUUCGGGGGCCUAACAAUUUGCAAGUAUAUAAUUUUAAAAAGAAGGCAAUAGGUACAUACGAGAAAAAUGAAAAAAGUUGGAAAGACUAAUUGAAAACAAAUAAAGUAUGAAGGAUAAAUAAUUAAGGGAAAUAAAUAAAUAAUAAUAAUAAUAAUAAAGAAAUAAAUAAAUGAUAAAGGAAUACUUAUCUGAACCGUCGGCCAAGAAGCGUAACCGCCACCCCAUUCGUGAUUGUAACCGACAAGACAGGCCUGUGGGGGAGAUGAUCGGCCACCUAUUGCCGGAUUUGGAACGCCAUCAACGCCUCCAUGUCUUCCAUCGAGGCCUUUGAUCUGGAACUCCAAGCUAGAGCCUUUCUGAUAGUGCAUUUGAUGAUCAUUUCAACAAUGCUUGUAGCCAUUUCUCCAUAAGGCUCUCCAGAGUUGCCCCAUGUUUUUGUUGCUUUCAAGUUAUUUGUUCUUGCACUUUCUUGAUUCACAUCGUGCCAUGAUGCAACAUUUUUUAAUUGAUACUUAGUUCAACAUAUACCAAUAGAUGCUGCAUCUCUUUUUCUUUGUAAUUAUUUCCUUGCACAGUAGGUGAAGGAUUAUCUUUGAUGAAUACUAGAUUCGGUCUACCUUGCUACAGUUUAGUAAUCAGCUCGAUAUUUCCUUGGUUUAACUUGCUUUCAGCAAAUUCAAAGACAUUUAUGAUCAAGAAUUUUUUAUGACUGCCUUACAAAAUGAGGUGAGGGUGGUUGAUAAGAUUCCAGUAUAUCUUAUGGAGCGGUUUGAUCACAACUUCAGCAAUGUAUUCAACUUCAGAGUAAAAGCAUGGUCACCUAUUGAAUAUUACAAAGACGUAGUCCUCCCCAGGCUACUUGAAGAAAAGUAAGGCUACAAUGCUAGUUUCUUCCCACACGUCUUACGCUGACUUAAAUCUAACCAGUUUCUCAUUGUUUAAUGUUUUUCCAUGCUUCACCUUCUUGUUAAAGCUGUAUUUGGGCCUAUCAUUUUAUUUUCUUCCAUUCUAGUGUCCUUGGCGCAUAGAGUGUAGUACCACUGUUAAGUUUUGUUCUACUUGGCCUCAGACCUGAACAUAUAUUUUCUCCUACAAAAUGAGGAAUGAGCAUGUUCUGAAGCAUCUUUACUAUCGAUAUCUGUUUGGAGUUGAUUACUUCUGAUGUUGGAAAGAGAUUGUACUCACUUAGUUUGAAGUUUGAAGUCCUCAUCCUUGUCAAUAUUUUGCUUCACUACUGACCUGACUGUGCUGUUCAUUUCUCUUACCUGGAAAAUUGCUCCUCUUGAAAAUUUGUCAUCAUCCUUUUGUUUUAUAUGCUUCUUUGGUGGUUACAUAUGCACUUGAAGCAUUUCAAUGUCUAGUUUUUUGUGGCUUGUGCAGAAGUUUUUUUUUUAUGAAUUGUGCAGAAGCUAAUUGUUCUCUCUUAUCAUGAUUAAGGUUUGCCUGUAUGAUAUGUACUGAGCUUUUUAAGUUAUCAGUGGUGUGGUAGAUGCUAAGUGUACAUCUGGUUUUGAAUGGAUUAUAGUUUGGAUGCCGUAGCUGGUUUUUGAGCAACUAGUUGCUGGCUAAUGUGUGUUUUUUAUUUAUUUUACAUCUGGUGCAUGAACAGGGUUGUAAGGAUUUCUCCAUUUGCGCACCGCUUGUCAUUUGAUGCACCGGCAGCUGUCCAACGCCUUAGAUGUAUGGCAAACUAUGAAGGUCUAAGGUUUGCAAACCCCAUAUUGACAAUGGGGGAAAAUCUGGUGGCGAGAAUGAAAGAGCUGAGUGCAAGCCAUGGUGGGAAAUAUGUUUCUGUACAUCUGCGCUUUGAGGAGGUUAGUUAUCGUUUAAUGAGAAUCAAGGGGUGUUUGUUUAUGAUUCGCUUUGACAGUAGUUACAUAAUUUCUAUCCAAUAUAUAUGUUGACUGCUCAUAGAAAUUAUUCUCACAUGAUCAGGACAUGGUUGCUUUCUCUUGUUGUGUGUUUGAUGGUGGUGCACAAGAAGAUAGAGACAUGAGAGCUGCUAGGGAAAGAGGCUGGAAAGGGAAAUUUACAAAGCCUGGUCGAACCAUACUUCCUGGAGCCAUCAGGCUUAAUGGCAAGUGCCCCCUUACUCCCUUAGAGGUAACUUAUGUUAUUUGUAUUUCUGCUUCCUAUUUUCUACUGUAUUUUUUUUAAACUAAUCUAAAAGAAGCAAGAGCUGGUAGUUUUGUAUAUAACUCAUUUUUUUAUAGGAUUGUUGUAUCAGAGUGACUCUCAGCAUGUCAAUUGGCAAUAUAAUUUCCCCCUAGAGCGUUUGGUGAAACAAAUAAGCAUUCCUGAUUAACACCUCGAUUAUCAAUAGAUUUUAGCAGUAUGGUUUUCCUUUCUAUUGGUUACCGUCUAGUUAUGUUUUUUCGCUGUUUGUUUGAACAACUGUACGUGAUUAACUUGUUCAUCAGCAACUGGGCGAUUUUGCACUACUCUUACUCAAGUUUUGUGUGUUUCUUUAACCAUCUCAUAACUUCUCUCUCUUCUUAGGUUGGUCUGAUACUUAGGGGAAUGGGUUUUGGCAAGGGCACAUAUAUAUAUUUAGCUUCUGGAAAGAUAUACAAUGCUGAGAAAUAUAUGGCUCCAUUGUUGGAAAUGUUUCCAAAUUUGCAGACAAAGGAUACACUAGCGACCGCUGAAGAACUAGCACCAUUUAAGGUUCAGACUCCCCUAACCUACUUAUUAUUUUUGUUGAAUGUGAGUAGUUUGUCUUUUGGGAUAGUCUUUCCAAUGUUAACUCUUUGACUUCCUACUCUGUCAGAAUUUCUCUUCCAGGAUGGCUGCACUAGACUAUACUGUUUGCCUUCACAGUGAGGUGUUUGUGACAACUCAAGGUGGCAACUUCCCUCAUUUCUUGUUAGGCCAUCGGAGAUUCUUGUAUGGUGGACAUGCCAAGACAAUUAGGCCAGACAAGCGGAAGUUAGCUCUGCUGCUUGAUAAUACAUCCUUAGGGUAAGUGUUCCCCCUUUCGCUUUCCAUCAGUAAACAAGCGUCAGUUAACUGAGCAAGAGGACCUGCUGAAAAUUAGUUACGCAAGACUUGAAUUUUCAUACUUUAUCCAGAAAUUAAGAUAAAAGCAGCUCCGUGGCGCUCUUGAUGGAUUCUGUGUUGAUAUCUUGCCCGAUUCCUUGCAUAAUACCCAGAUGGAAGAGUUUCAAACGACAAAUGUUGAACAUGCGGUCUCACAGUGAUUCCAAGGGGUUUGAAUUCAAGAGAAUGAAUGACUCGGUAUAUUCUCAUCCAUGCCCUGACUGCAUGUGCCGGAUGAACAAGGCAGUAUAGAGAAUUUUUGGGUGGGUUGGUUUCUUCUUUGAUCAGGAAGUGAAUUGGUGAUACAUGUUUAGCUCGCUGCUGGUGCUGACUCUCCAACUUUUUUCAGCGUGGUUGUGAUUCUCUCAUUAUAUCUUUAAAACCCUGCCAAACAAAUCCUGGGGAAGUUUCAAUUCAAUGGUGGGUUGCAGGGCUUGUGGUAGUAAUGGGGGGCCGGUUAUAUGUUGACCAGAACCAUGACCGAUCAUCUUGUACAUGCACAUGGAGAUGAAGUUGGGGAUAGGAGAAAGGAAAGUUGUGAUUGUUUGUUAAGGUCAGCUGCAGGCAGGCAGGCAGAGGCAGAAGAUCUUCCUUUGUACCCUAACCAAAAGUAAAGCUGUAACACUCAUAGGAUGGCCGAGGGGUGGGUGUUUUAUCUUGUUGGUUUUGUUUGGGAAAUCUUGGUUUUUGUUUGUUUGUUUGUUUGUUCAAAUGUAAAUUUUGUCUGAUCAUUUAGGUGUUGAGGGAAGGGCUUCAAAAAUAUAUAUGUUCUGUGCAAGAAAAAAAGAGUGUGCCAUCUCAAGCUCAAGAGACCCUUCCCAUCUCUGCUUAGAAAGAUACGGUAGUCAGAGUCAGUCACAGGGAGGUUUUACUUGACAUAGCCCCAUUCAUUGUACAUUCACACUGGAACAAUGAAAUACAUUUGGUUUA